AUGGCACAACCAAAGACAAUACCAGAAUCAACAGUACAGAUCGAGAAAGAAAAAACUGAAAACAAAAAUUUUGCAGAUCUUAUUAUAGAUGAACAAACUAUUGCAGCUGCCAUACGUGAACAAGAUGGUGAAUUAGUAUCGCUUCAUAGAGAUGUUGUUGCUGAAAAAUGGACUCUUUCAUUAGGAUAUGGUUAUGCGACUCAGUGGCAGAAAGCAACCGAAAAAGAUGAAAUAUCAAAUAGAAACGGCGUAUUUGUUCUUAGCCUAGUGGGUAAUACGACAGUUGGUAAAAGUUUUGUGACAAAACGUCUGUUAACAAAUACCGAAUAUGGCCCACAACUUGUUGACGAAAACAAGAUGGAAAGACUUAGCAGAGAAAAUGCUGGUGCUAGACUAUGA